GACAGUCCUCUGCGCUGCACACCAGCGAGAGAAGGAACCUGCAGCUUUAGCUCAAACCUCUGCCUUUCUCAGGAUCUGCUUCGGACACUUGUUGACCCUGGUGAUUCCCAGCAGAAAGGCAGGCAAAGCCCACCUGAACAUAAUGCUGCUUAUCCUUCCUGUUCCUUCCAACUAGUUUCCAUUACAACAACGUUUGCCGGCUGAGGAGAUCAAGGGGCUCAAGUUUCUGUGCAGUGAAACUGACCCAGAGGAACAAAGAAGCGAUACAGCCGAGGCAGCUGGAAACAUCAAAGAGCCUCCUGGACAAAGCUCUCCUCUCAAACCUCCUUUGUCUAAAAUCUGCUGUACAAGAAGAAAGUGGUCAAAAAGCUCUCAGAGAGGAGGAGGAAAGCUCACUGACAAGGGUAAAAGAUCAGGUGCUGGGGCGGUCAUGGUGCGAGGACGUGGUGUGGCUCCGUCCUACUGGGGCCUGUGGGUGUUCAGUGCCUUGUUCCUGGCAGCGUUGUGCUUGUCUGACCAGGCCAUCCGCUGCCCGGUGUGCUCCGAGGAGAGGCUGGCCAGCUGCCGUCUGCCCGAGGGCUGCGAGGAGACGGUCCGCGAGCCGGGCUGCGGCUGCUGCCCUACAUGCGCCCUGCCGAAAGGGGCCCACUGCGGCGUGUACUCGCCCCGGUGUGCAACGGGCCUUCGGUGCUACCCGCCUCGCGGCGUGGAGCGGCCGCUGCACACCUUGAUGCAUGGCCAGGGCGUCUGCACGGAUGAGAGGGAGGUGGAGGACAACUCAGCGAUGGACAGACAGGAGGAGAUCAGCCCCGAACACCCUAACAACAGCAACAUCCGCUGCAGCCCGCAGGACAAGCGCUGCAUUCAGAGGACCCUGGCCCGACACCCGCUGAAGUCCAUAAAUCUGAGGAUCAACGGCGCCAGAGACGAGACCAAGCUGGUCCUGGCGCCGUGUCGCGCUGAGCUCCAAAGAGCACUGGAUAGGUUGGGAUCGAACAGCCGUACCCACGACGACCUCUUCACCAUCCCCAUCCCCAACUGUGACAAGAAUGGAGACUUCCACCCGAAACAGUGUCAUCCUGCUCGCGACGGCCACCGGGGAAAGUGCUGGUGCGUGGACCCGAAGACGGGCCUGAGGCUGCCAGGUCCGCUGGAGCUGCGAGGGGACCUGGACUGCCACCAGUUAAUGACCGCCACCCUGAGGGACUAAGCAGCGCCAGGGGAAGGUUGUGGGGCGGUUUGGGUCGCGGGACCGGCUGGAUUUUACUGGUGCUCGUUUGUGGAACUACGUGACUGAAGGACUUCAACCCUCCAGACCGCCGCUGUCGGUUCUGGAGCUCGUGAAACAAAACAAAGAAAAUCUGAU